AUGAGAGCAGCUGCACGGCUACUCGCCGCCGUUAGGCAAGGAAAAUAUCUCGAGCCCGGCACGCCGACCGGCCUCACAGGCCUACUCACCCACCCGUCGCCGCGUUCGUCGCUCCUCUACCACUACACCGCGACCCUCGACAAGCUUCAGCAGAUCCCAGAGUCCUCCAUCUACCGCCAGUCUACCGAAGCGCUCACGAAGCAUCGCCUGAAGAUCAUCGAGGAGGCGACACCCGUAGGAUGGGCGCAAUGGCAGGAGACUAUCCGGAGUAAAAUUCACGACGAUCCGUCCGCAUUCGAGUUCACGGAAACCUCGCAAGGAACCGUUGCCAAACCGCCAAAGUACCAAGAGAUUGACCCUAGGACAAUUCACGCGGAGUGGGACGGAGAGGCUCUGGUUAACUUCCCGCCAGGCAUGCGCACUCAAGCCCAGCGAACAUCUCACGUGAAAGCAUUCAAGGGCGAUGUGAAUUACAACCCUGAGAGGACAAUUUCCCCGAUCAAGCUCCCUCCGGAGCCGCAGAUAUCCGAACUCGAGAGCAGGCUUGGCGGCGGUCUGAUUGAGGAGGUCAUUCAGGUUGCAGAGGGCGAGCACCAACUCGUGGAUGAGAUGAUCAAGGCGAAGGUGUAA